AUGGAGCAGAAACUUCAUGAAUAUGGGAAGGUGAUCUUCACACUGGCAAAAAACACUGAUGGGCUUCGGUUGGCCAGCGAGGCAGAUUGCAUUAAAUAUUACUCGACUACCGCCAUCAUCGGUAUUGGGCUUUCGAUCAGCAUUCUGGGGCUUUUAACUCUUUCGAUGUUCCAAUACAACACUCCGACUCGUUUCACGAAGUGAAUUCAGUAGUAAUCCUGGUCAUUUAAUUUAAGGGUAGUCACUGAGUAUCCUGGUACACGAGCCUUCAUGUGUUUUUCCUUCAUCAGUUAAGCCCAAAGUGGCAAAAAAUGUAAAUGGUUGUAAACCGUGAUGAAUAAAUUGCGAAUUCUUAUUUUUUAUAAUCAGCCUCAGCACCGCAUCAGGUGCGAGGUUGAAUAUAUGAAAAAUUCGCAGCGCGAUAGGGUACAACAACA